AGAAGAAAAGUGGGCAGCAACAAUCGUCAGUCCGUCAAGUUUGAGGAGAAAGAUGAGAGAGAAGAGAAGAGACAAGACGUUUGGGUUGUGUGAAGCAGAUAAUGGAUGUAUGCAGUCCAUGAGGCAGGAACUGGAGACCAUGAGUGUAUUGGCAGCCCCGGAAAGUCCACACACCCCAGUUGCCCCAGUCAUCCCCAACACGGUUCAUCUGCCCCUCAUGCCCCUUAGGACUUUCCUGUGGGUACUGGGUACCAUACCAUACACAUACGACGUCAGUAAAGGGCAGUACUUGAUGAAGUGGACAAGCGUGAUGGUGACACAGGUUGUGGCGACAGCCGUGUACCUCACAGCUCUGAUGAUGACAGCCGUGGCGGGCAUAGUGACUAUGUUCACCCACCAAGACACUCGCAACUUGCCGCAGGAGACCAACAUCCUCGACGUGCAGGUGAUAAUAUCCGUCAUCAUUGCAGGAAAUCUGGUGAACGCGUGGACUCAGGUGCUCAAUGGCUUGUACUCUGGCUGGCGAGUGUGUAGAGUCCUCAACAGGUGGAACAACCUGGUGGCCGCCGCUGACCUGGACCCAAUCAAGCGGGUGUACCUAGUAAUUCGGGUACAAGUGGGAUUUCUGUGCCUGUUUUGCAUCGUCAUUUUGAUAAUCGUCAUAAUGGAAGCCACAGACGUUGUCAAUUACGGCCUCGACGGAGUGGCCCACAUCAUUCUCCUGAUACCCAAACAUUGGUUCAACCAUUCUCCUGCCAUCACCAAGCUAUAUCCUCCUGAAGAUGAAGUCUCCAUGCUUGGGUACAGUAAUCCAGAUGAGGAUGCACUAGAGACUUAUACAACUGAAUCACUACCUUCUUUUUCUUAUACAGUAGUCAAAGCUAUGCUUGAUUAUCCAAAGGGUUUGCUCCUGAGGGUGGUGACAUGUGUGGUCUGCCUCCACCUCUUCUCUAUCUUCAAGGGAUCACUCUUCUACUUCACCACCAACUGCAACAUGCUCAAGAAUGCUCUCAUCUCCUGGAACCAUCAGCUCUCCAGUGCUCUAGAAGACAUAUGGCAUUGUCACGACUACCCUCAAGGCCGACUUGGUCUGCUGGUUCAGAGCCACUAUCAACUGGUCUGUCUCAUCCGAGAGACUGAACGCAUCUUUGGUCCUAUGCUACAGUGCUACUACGGCUCCACGGUUAUCAUCAUGUGUACGGAGCUGUACCUGCUAGCGUACCGCCUGGGGUCUCAGAGCUACACCCCCGACGGAGUAGUGACCACGGCUCUCAUCACACUGCAGACAACAGCUGUCUUCAUCCAGGUUUCACUCUCAGCUGCUGGUGUUCAGGAGGUGGCAGACGAGAGUGUUGACAUUCUACGUCGGGGAAUUCCCUUUGAUGCUCCUGACAGAGACAAGUUUAAUAAGGAGGAACUGUGGAUGGCACUGACAGGGUCGCCUGUUUACAUCACCGGUAGCAAGUUUUUCAUCAUCAAUCGUCCCUUCAUCAUUACUGUGAUGAGUGCCGUCAUCACCUACUUCAUCGUCAUGAUGCAGUUUAUGCAGCCAAACAACAGUGACACCAACGAUGCCACUCAGAACCUCACCGGUAGGAAUUGUCCCGAGUCCAACAUGACAGCGACAUAAGUCUUCUCCUCUGUACCUCCACCUCACCAAAAUGGCCCUCAACUCUCGACUACAUCUUGAGGUUAUCUUGAGAUGAUUUUGGGGCUUUAGUGUCCCCGAGGCCAAGUCCUCGACCAGGCCUCCACCCCCAGGAAGCAGCCUGUGACAGCUGACUAACACCCAGGUACCUA